GAUCUAUCUAUCCCAGAGGAGUGGACGGUUCAGGAAUAAACACACACACAGUCAUCGCUGUGGAUGGUUGGCAGACCAACUAACAUGUACCUAGAGAGAAGGCCUGGACAGAGGAAGAGGGGGGAAUGUUAUGACUGAGAAAGCAGAGGAAGAGUGACAAAGUAGAAAGAUAGAAGACUGAGAGAAGCUCUUGACAGAGUUUCAAGAGGCGCUGUCGAAGAAUCACAUCCGGACAUACUCCACGGUCAGUGUGUUGGCGACGUGAUGACGAUGAUCCGAUAGAGGGACUGGUCAAAGACCUGACUGUCAGGCCUGAGUUAUAUACUUUCUGAGAGGGACUGGUCCGAGACCUAACUGUCAGGCCUGAGUUAUAUACUUUCUGAGGGGUACUGGUCCGAGACCUGACUGUCUCCCCUGAGUCAGUGAGUCAGUCAGUCCGAUAUUUGUCUUUUGUGUUUUGGAUCUCAGUCAGACAGGCCAUCCACCAUGUCAGUCCCCCUGGAGCAGGGCUCCUACCCCGGGGACAGGGAGCAAGCAGGUCUGGGGACCCUACAGAGACAGCUCAUCUGUCCUAUCUGUCUGGAAGUAUUCACCAAACCAGUGGUCAUCCUGCCAUGCCUACACAACCUCUGCAGGAAGUGUGCCAACGACCUCUACCAGGUGGGGUCUGGAGGGAGGUUCCGCUGUCCGUCCUGCAGUCAGGAAGUUGUGUUGGACCGUCACGGUGUCUACGGGCUGCAGCGCAACCUGCUGGUAGAGAAUAUUAUUGACGUCUACAAACAGGAGUCCACCAGCUCUAGAUCCCAGUCGUCAAAGCCUGCGAGCCAGCCCACCUGUGAGGAGCACGACGGUGAGAAGGUCAACAUCUACUGCAUCACCUGCCAGGUGCCUACCUGUUCCCUCUGCAAGGUGUUCGGUGCCCACAACGCCUGCCAGGUGGCACCGCUAACACAGGUCUACCAGCAGCAGAAGGCCGAGCUGAGUGAGGUGGUUAGCUCCUUGGUGGCAUCGAACGACCAGGUCCAAGCCUUCAUCAAUGAGUUGGAAGUGACCUGCAAGAAUGUUGAGGAGAACAGUAAGACCCAGAAGCAGACGGUGUGUGAGAAGUUUAACCGCAUGCUCGCCAUCAUGGAGGAGCGACAGAGGAUCAUGAAGCAGCGAGUCACGUACGAGCAGGAAGAGAAGACGGGUCACGCUCGAUCGCUGGUGCGAUCCUACAGAGAGAGCGUAGAGACCAGCACCAAACUGGUAGAGAAUGCUAUGACCACCAUGCAGGAACCUGAGAUGGCUGCCUUCAUGAAGAUUGCAAAAGACUUGAUUGUAAAGGUGAAUGUGGCGUCCAGUACCUGCAUCGUGGAGACCCUGGAGCCUGGUUAUGAGAACAUGGACCACUACAGAGUCAACUUCAACGCAGAGAAGAGGGCUCUGUACAAGUUGGACUUCAUCAAAGUGGAGGAGGAGAGAGAGGAGGUUCCUGAGGAGGCAGAACCAGAACCGGAACCAGAAUGUGAACCAGUUCUGGACUUAGAACCAGAGGCCGUUCUGGAACCAGCAACAGUUCAUGAACCAAUGGCACUGCCAGUACUGGUGCAAGAACUAGAGCCAGAAUCAGUACCACAGCCAGUCCUAGAGGAAGAACUACAGACAGAACCAGAGCAGGUGCCAGUGACAAAGCGACAGCUAGUUCCAGAACAUGGGACAGUUCUAGAACCAGUAGCAUUUCCAGAACAUGUGACAGUUCUAGAGCCGCUGGAAGUUCUAGAACCAGAGUCAGCAUCCAGUCAGGUCCUGGAUGCAGAGCCUGUGUUGGAGCUGAAGACAGUGGGAGAGUGUUGGGGACUGAAGGACCCAGCAGAGCUGACAGAGGAGGUCAGGGAUCAAGCAGAGGGGUAUGAUGCAGACCUGCAGAAAGAGGAGUUCUGUGACCAAGGGGGCUUAAAUACACAACAGGCUGUCACACUCUUCUUCUUCAUCCUGGCCCUGGUGAUCAUGCUCCAGACUGUGUGGGCCCACAUCAAGAGCCUUUCUUUUAUAUAGCAGAGAACAGCAGCAAGAUUCACACUACAACCCGGUUGAUAAUACUAAGAUUGAGCCUUGGCCAGAGAACCCCACACCACAGGCAGGUGGUCCCUCCUCCCACUCCUCCCCCUCCUCUCCUUCCUCCAAUGAGACCCCUCUUCUCAGCUUCUCUUCCUCCUGGCUCAACACUCUCUCUAAGAAGAAGAAAUUAAGAAGAGAUUGUCUGUACCACUGAGGGUCUGUCUGAACCAUCAUGGUUACAGAGGGCCUGUCUGAACCAUCAUGGCUGCCGAGGGCCUGUCUGAACCAUCAUGGCUGCCGAGGGCCUGUCUGAACCAUCAUGGCUGCCGAGGGCCUGUCUGAACCAUCAUGUUACAGAGGGCCUGUCUGAACCAUCAUGGCUGCCGAGGGCCUGUCUGAACCAUCAUGGUUACAGAGGGCCUGUCUGAACCAUCAUGGCUGCCGAGGGCCUGUCUGAACCAUCAUGGUUACAGAGGGCCUGUCUGAACCAUCAUGGCUGCCGAGGGCCUGUCUGAACCAUCAUGGUUACAGAGGGCCUGUCUGAACCAUCAUGGCUGCCGAGGGCCUGUCUGAACCAUCAUGGCUACUGAGGGCCUGUCUGAACCAUCAUGGCUGCCGAGGGCCUGUCUGAACCAUCAUGGCUGCCGAGGGCCUGUCUGAACCAUCAUGGCUACAGAGGGUCUGUCUGAACCAUCAUGGUUACAGAGGGCCUGUCUGAACCAUCAUGGCUACUGAGGGUCUGUCUGAACCAUCAUGGCUACUGAGGGUCUGUCUGAACCAUCAUGGCUACUGAGGGUCUGUCUGAACCAUCAUGGCUACUGAGGGUCUGUCUGAACCAUCAUGGCUACUGAGGGUCUGUCUGAACCAUCAUGGCUACUGAGGGGACAGGACAGACAGAGACAAGGCCAAGAUGGUUGAAAUGUCAAUGAUGUCAAAUUCUUCUAAUUAAAUUAUUUUUAACGUCAAGAGCCGAGAGCUGAACGUGUUUUCCCAGGCACAAAGAGAAAAGCAUACUCAAUAUUCACCCACCAUUUUGCAGGUCUUAAAUCUGGUACGUACUGUAAGUUAUUGUGCUCAUGUACAGUAUGUGUUGGGGUAGAUACGAUUAAAUAUCUCUUCAUAAAUAUCUCUUCAUAAAUAUCUCUUCAUAGACCCUUCAUGCAUGAAGGGUCUAUCCAGUGUGUGUGUUGUCUGUUGGGAAAUUGUCUUAAGCAUAUCUAGUUUUGUUGUUCUGGCGUUGCAUCGAUGCAUGAUAAGUUGUCAUUUUCACUCUACUUGUUAAUCCCUGUAUACAUAAAUGAUUCACAUGACUUUUUCCACAUUUUAUUGUGCUAUAGCUUGAAUUUUAAAUAUAUUAAAUUGUGAUUUGCUUGGG